CGGUAAGAUGGCGGCGGCCGCCGCUGGACUGAGCUGGAGGCGGGUGUCUUCCUUCACGGGGCCAGUGCCGCGCUCCCGCCACGGGCACCGCGCGGUCGCCAUCCGCGAGCUAGUCAUUAUCUUCGGGGGCGGCAACGAGGGCAUCGCGGAUGAGCUGCACGUCUACAAUACGGUUACAAAUCAGUGGUUUCUUCCUGCUGUAAGGGGAGAUAUUCCUCCAGGCUGUGCAGCCCAUGGAUUUGUUUGUGAUGGUACCAGAAUACUGGUUUUUGGAGGAAUGGUUGAAUAUGGAAGAUACAGUAAUGAUUUAUAUGAGUUGCAGGCAAGUCGAUGGCUCUGGAAAAAAGUAAAACCUCAAGCUCCUUCUACUGGAUCACCACCUUGUCCUCGACUUGGCCACAGCUUUUCUUUGUAUGGUAACAAGUGCUAUUUAUUUGGUGGCCUGGCAAAUGAAAGUGAGGAUUCAAAUAACAACGUCCCCAGAUAUUUAAAUGAUUUCUAUGAACUGGAGCUGCAACAUGGUUCUGGCGUUGUUGGCUGGAGUAUUCCUGUGACCAAAGGGACCUGUCCAUCUCCCCGAGAGUCUCACACGGCCAUCGUGUACUGCAAGAAGGAUUUGGGAAGUCCAAAGAUAUACAUUUUUGGAGGGAUGUGUGGCUGUCGGCUUAACGAUCUCUGGGAACUUGACAUAGAAACCAUGACUUGGUCAAGACCAGAAACUAAAGGGACAGUACCACUUCCUCGCAGUCUCCAUACGGCCAAUGUAAUAGGAAACAAAAUGUAUGUUUUUGGUGGAUGGGUUCCACAGUCAGCAGGAGGUGAAAUUUCUGCUCAUGAUGGUGAAUGGAAGUGUACCGGUUCAUUUUCUUAUCUUAAUUUGGAUACCACAGAAUGGAUAGGUCUGAUCUCAGAUUGCCAGGAGGAGGACAAAAGUAACUUGUUACCAGGGCCAAGAGCAGGACACUGUGCUGUAGCGGUUGGCACUCGUCUGUAUAUCUGGAGUGGUAGAGAUGGUUACAGAAAAGCUUGGAACAAUCAAGUUUGCUGCAAAGAUCUUUGGUACCUUGAUACUGAGAAACCUCCAGCACCAUCACAGGUCCAGCUAAUUAGAGCUACAACCAACUCUUUCCAAGUGAAGUGGGAUGAAGUACCUACAGUUGAGGGAUAUCUUCUUCAGUUACAUGCUGAUUCACCUGUGCCCUCAGGGGCUGGACUACCUGGUGCUGGUGUUCCUGAGACAUCAUUGCUGAGUUCACAAGGUGGCUUUUCUCUACAUCAAAGUCCACAAUCAUUGCCUAGUAUCCCUUAUCCAGAAAUGAAGGUGGAUCAUCUCAGCCAAACAAAUAAUGUCAUUCCUAAUAACGUCCAAGUUUCCCUUUCAUCCAACUCAUUAUUAAAAGUAGAAGGAAAAGAAAAGGUUGCAGCACCUGAAAACAAGAUUACACAGGAGACUGUGAAAAACCAUGCAGAUGCUACAGGACUCAAAGAAUCAAAUGCCCCUUCCCUUUUGCCUGUUUGUACUUCAAGUCCUCAGACUUCAGCAAAUGUAGGUGAAUUACAUGACAUGGACAAACGAACUGUAAAUGCUGAUGCUUCUGUAUCCAGUACUAUCUCCAGCACACAAACUAUGGUAACCCAGCAGGCUGUUAAAACUGAAUCAUCAAGUACAAAUGGGGCAGUUGUUAAAGAUGAAACUUCACUAACAACAUUCAAUUCAAAAUCUGAAGCUGCUGAAACUGCUUAUAUCAUGCCGUCGACAAGAGUCAGUACUGGACAGACAAAUGAUUCACACUCUUCUAAAACCCCCCAGAGACAGGUGGCUCCGGGGAAAACAAGGGACCGGCAGUGGUACGAUGUUGGGAUUUUUAAGAACAACAGUGCUGUGGUGAGCCAAUUCUACUUGCUGCCAGAGGAAACACUGAGCAUCUCUAACAAGACGGAAAGUGCAGAUGUACCAGACUACAGAUUACUUAAGAAACAGGACCUUUUUCCAGGCACAGUAUAUAGGUUCAGAGUUGCUGCAAUUAAUGGCUGCGGUGUUGGGCCUUUCAGUAAAAUUAGUGAAUUCAAGACUUGCAUUCCGGGUUUUCCUGGAGCUCCUUCAACAGUCAAAAUCAGCAAGAGUGUAGACUGUAUUCAUCUUUCUUGGGAGCCUCCUGCUUCACCCUCUGGCAAUAUUUUAGAAUAUUCUGCCUACUUGGCAAUCCGUUCCACACAGUUACAGGAAAAUCCAAGUCAGCUUGUGUUUAUGAGAAUAUACUGUGGUCUUAAAACAUCCUGUAUAGUGACUGCUGCCCAGCUUUCAAACGCUCAUGUCGAUUACACUUCCCGACCCGCUAUCGUGUUCAGAAUUUCUGCAAAGAAUGAGAGAGGAUAUGGACCAGCCACCCAGGUUCGGUGGCUUCAAGAUACGAAAACAUCAAGCUCCAAGUAGAAACAACGUAACGAAUCUCAAGUUGGAAUGUAGUGUUUGAUGUAACUCUUGUACUAUUUGUAAAUGCUACAAAUAUUUUAUUUUUGCAUUGUUUUUAUCUUAAAAAAAGAUCUAUAACCUUUUUUACGUUUGAAACAUCCACGUUCUACAGCCUUGCUCAGGUCUGAGUACUGCGUAGAAACUCUACUGAAGAUGGUGGGGUGGAUGACCAUACUCUAUCCAGCAGCUCUUUUUGGUAGGGAUAAGUUAACAUGUUAUAAAAGACACAGUUUCAAAUGAAGAAGAAAUAACUAAAAAGAGAAAAGAAUUGGCAGGUGCCACUAGUGUUUAAGGUAAAGUCCCCCUGGUUGCUACAGAUCUUGCAGAGAUAACUAGUGAGAUUCGGUGUAUAGACAAUUUCUGUUUGGUUUCAGUUCCUUCUACCACGUUCUUUGUUGUGGUGCCUGAGUACAAGGUAAAGAAUUCUUGUUAUUAUAUAGUAACUUAAAAUGUAUAAAUAUUUUAAUAUAUGCUUUUUUUGUAAAGAAAUGAUUUUUCUACUAUUUGUAACAAAUAGCUUAAUCUUGAAAGAGAUCCCCUGAAGAUUUAAAAGGAAAAAAGAUAAACUUAGUCAUUUCUCUUAUUAAAAAAAAAGACAAAAGUAAAUCCAUUGUAAAUGCACUACUAAUAUUGAGAACUAUCCUUUUGUAGUUGUACAAAUCUUAAACUUGUAAAUACCAAUGUUUACAAGAGACCUUUCUGGUCUUGUAUUAAAACUCCCAUGGGAUUCAUUCUCUUUUUUUAAAUUUGUUUUUGGGUUGUUGUUUUGGUUUUUUUUUAAAUCCAUAUGCUUUGCUUUUAGCAUAUGCUUGCUUUUUGCACUAAUAAUAACUUACCUCAUUCCUGUGUUUGUAAUCACUUGUGUUGCUUCCAUAAUGGUUCUGUAAAAACUUUGAUCCGAAAAUGUUAACCAAAGUUUAGAAUACAUGGUAAGCAAUUUUGCACAUGUUAUAUAACGGCGACUUUUCAACGUAUUUAUUCCAGUUAAGCUUCUUAAGUGCUUGUUUGCUUUACCAGUAUAUUCUACCAGUCGAGUUCAGUAUCUCCCUUUUACUAUGCAUCAUUUUACAUUCACUAGCUAGCUGAUGAAUUCAACAAGCAUUACUUCUAGGAAUAGGUUGAUCCGUUCCUAUGCUAAGAGGAAAAAAAAAAAACCAAACCAACAAAAGCAACUGUUCACAGUAGUGAAAAUAAAGGUAAACAUUUUAAAUGCUAUUUAUGUAUCUAUAUAUAAACCUAUGUUUACCAAAGCGUAGAGGAAAACGGCUGAGUUGGACAAGGUCACUAGGUGAGUAGAUGGAGGCACUUAAAUAAGAUUUAUUUUAAAAUAAUAAAAUCUAAAUUAUUUACUGUGCAAUGAAGUUUAUGCUUUGCACUUUAAUUUUGCCCUGAAUGCCAAAAGACUGUACAUCAAGGAAGAAUUUCUUGCCUCUGCCAACUUAAAUUUGUCUUAAGAGCGUUUGUAAAUAUGUAAACUAAAAAUAAAUGAUGUGCCUGGUUUGGUGGGAGGAGUAUCACUAAAAGAGAUUUUUAACAGUUCAAGCAUCCCAGAGCAGAUUUAAGAGCCAAGUUUGAGCGACCCUGAAAAUGAGGGUUGCAACGGAAGUGCUGAAGCAGCCUUAAUGAUCGCAGACCAUCCCGUGCUAUCUAAUAGCAUGUAAGAAGUGCUGGGGACCAUAAAUCCUUAGGAGAGUGUUAAUUGUGGCACAGGAGCAGUACACGUGGUUUUACUCCAGAGAAAAACCCUGUACUCACGCCGACACCAGGUCUCCCAGAUUCACUUUAAACAGUGUUUAUAGUAUGAAUGUAUAGGACUUUUCCUGAAGUUAACUGGCUUUAAAAUACUUGUGUUUUAAUGGUCCAUUUCAUCAGAUAUGAUCUCACUACCCGUACUGUCUGAUAACUAGAAUACCAUACAUGUGAACUGUUAACUAGAAGAAUAGAACUUGGGGGUUUUUUUUCUCUCAUUAGUACUGUGAAAGAUGCCUUUAGAGAAAACACUCGUGGCUUUGAUUUCGUUGGUUAAUAGCCGUGAUCGUAGAGUUGUUAUUUAAGAAUAAAAUCUGUUGGGUA